GGUAAUACCAAAAAAAAACUCACAGACCUGUCAACAAAACAAAGACAAAUUAAAAUGUCACUUGUUCUCGGUUCACGUUCAUCUCGUUUUAUCAAAUGAUUUUGUGUGAAACCUGCUAAAACUCGCUUUAUUAUUUGCAUGUGCCCUAAUUAUUGAGUGUCGCUACCGAAAAUACCGUUAGCCGUGUCAAGGGGGCGCCAGCUAGCGUUAAAACCGGAUCCCUGCACGUCUAUGUGCACGUAAACUUUCACGGGUCGUCCCAAUCGCAACCAAGCUGGCUCGUCGACAAUGAUGGACUCGGACCCGUCGGGCGCGGACUUCUGCCGCUUCUGCCGCUCCGAGGCGACGUCGGACCGGCCGCUGUUCCACCCCUGCAUCUGCACCGGCUCCAUCAAAUGGAUCCACCAGGAGUGUCUGGUGCAGUGGAUGCGCUACUCGCGCAAGGAGUUCUGCGAGCUGUGCGGGCACCGGUUCUCCUUCAUGCCGAUCUACUCGCCGGACAUGCCGCGGCGGCUGCCGCUGCGCGACGUGGCGGGCGGGCUGGUGGCCAGCGUGGCGGCGGCGGUGAAGGACUGGCUGCACUACACGCUGGUGGCGCUGGCCUGGCUCGGCGUGGUGCCGCUCACCGCGUGCCGCACCUACCGCAGCCUGUUCUCCGGCUCGCUCGACCCCGUCAUCUCCCUGCCCUUCGACAUCAUCUCGGCUGAGAACCUGGCCAAGGAUGUGUUUUCCGGUUGCUUUGUUGUGACGUGCACACUGUUUUCGUUUAUCGGGCUGGUGUGGCUGCGCGAGCAGAUUAUGCACGGCGGCGGCCCCGACUGGCUGGAGCGGGACGCCUUCCCGGCCCCCGCCCAGGAGGAGGUGGCAAAUGCCGCAGACAACAACAACGAGAGGGUUGCGGAGGGCGCGGCGGACGACGCGGCGCCGCGGGAGGAGGGCGCGGGGGAGGGGGGCGACGACCCGCUCAUAGGGGAUGAGGCCAACUGGAACCCCAUGGAGUGGGACCGCGCGGCGGCAGAGGAGCUGACCUGGGCGCGGCUGCUCGGCCUCGAUGGCUCAAUGGUCUUCCUUGAGCAUGUGUUCUGGGUUGUCUCACUUAACACCCUGUUCAUUGUUGUGUUUGCCUUCUGUCCAUACCACAUUGGAAGGCUGGGGGCUGCCAUGGGUGGAUUGUCAGCUGAGGGGCCAUUUGCGGGUCCCCUGACAGCUCUGGCUGGGUAUGCCCUGGUUGGAGCUUGCCUUGCCUUGCUACAUGGAGGGGCUGCUCUGUUGCGGCUCAGAUCAGCCAAGAGGGUGCUUGGCCUGUGCUACGUAGUAGUCAAAGUGGCACUGCUGUCUGUAGUUGAAAUCGGAGUCCUGCCGCUAGUCUGCGGGUGGUGGCUGGACCUCUGCUCACUAUCCAUGUUCGACGCGACCCUCAAGGACCGCGAGGCGAGCCUGCAGGCCGCGCCCUGGACGCUCAUGUUCAUCCACUGGCUGGUGGGCAUGGUCUACGUCUACUACUUUGCCUCCUUCAUCUUGUUGUUGAGGGAAGUGCUCCGGCCAGGAGUGCUGUGGUUCCUAAAGAACCUGAAUGACCCGGAUUUCAGUCCUGUGCAGGAAAUGAUCCACCUAUCCGUCUGGUCGCACAUCCACCGCCUCAUAGCGUCGGCAGUGAUCUUCGGCACCGCGGUUCUGUUCAUGCUGUGGCUGCCCAUCCGCGUCAUCAAGUCUGUCCUGCCCGGGUUCCUGCCGUACGCCGUGGCGGUGCAUACGGAGGCUCCCGUCAGCGAGCUUAGUCUUGAGCUGUUGCUGUUACAGGUGAUCCUCCCAGCCCUGCUCGAACAGUCCCACACCCGCACAUGGCUCAAGGCGGCCCUCCGAGCGUGGUGCGGCGCCGCGGCGGCCGCGCUGGGCCUCCGCUCCUACCUGCUGGGGGAGAGAGCUAGAGCCGAGACCCAGCCGCCGCGCGCGCAGCCCGCGCCGCUCGCGCAGCAACACCAGGCUCUAAUGUGGCGCGACGGCCCCGCCGGCUACGAGCCCUACACUCGCGCCUCCUGGUUCUACCUCCGCGUGGCUCUACUGCUGGUCCUAGUGGCGAUAUCCCUGGUUCUAGCCAGUGCUCUGACGCUACUGGUGCCGGUGGCGAUAGGGCGCCGGCUGAUGGCGCUGUGGCUGCCCAAGUCUACAGGGCAGGUGCACGAGUUGUAUACGGCUGCGUGUGGUAUGUACGUAUGCUGGGCGAUAGGUCGCGGCGGCGCCCUAGCCGCCGGCUGGGCGCGCGGCGGGCGGCGCCAGCUGUUCCGGCGGCUGGCGCAGUGGGCGCGCCUGGCCCUGCGCGCCGCCGCCGCCGCCGCCGCGCUGCUGGGGGUGGUGCCGCUGCUGUUUGGACUGUUAUUGGAGCUUGUGCUAGUGAUCCCGCUACGAGUACCUCUAGAGCAGUCUCCAGUCCUCUUCGUCUGGCAGGACUGGGCGCUGGGCGUGCUCUACACGAAGAUAGUCUGUGCGCUGACCAUGAUGGGCCCUGAUUGGAGGAUGAGGAGGGCCAUAGAGAAGGUGUAUAGGGACGGGAUACGCGAUAUUGAUCUCAAAUUCAUAAUAAGCUCUGUAGCGGCGCCAGUCAUCCGCUGGCUAGGCCUGGCCCUAUGCGUGCCCUACGCCCUCGCCCACACACUGGGGCCGCUUCUGCUGGCCACGCCGGCGCAGCGCACGCUGCUGGCGCGCCGCCUGCACCCCGCGCUGCUGCUGCUGGGGCUGGCUGCUGCGCUGCUGGCUCUGCAGAUACGCCAGUUCAAGAAGUUGUACGAACACAUAAAGAACGACAAGUAUCUCGUCGGCCAAAGAUUAGUGAACUACGACCAUCGGCGGCCCAAGCCCGCGCCCGUCGCCGCGGCGCCCGCCAACAACUAACUACUCUGUGACUGUGAAUGAUGAGAAAAAAUUAAAUUAAAAAUAAGACUGCCGAGUCUAUGAGAUUCCCCGAUCUAUGGCCCGGUUGGCGACAACUAGCGCCAUCUAGUAGCGGGUGUGAGUUAGUAAACGCCAUCUAGCGGUGUGCGAAUGUGAUGGGUUGACGUUUUGUUUAGGGAAUGUGUGAUGAAAUGACCGGGAAACAUAGUUUCAUUUUAUUCAUUUAUAAUGUGUAGGUAUUUAUUUAUAAGUUGAAAUUGAAUAUAAUUGUUUUGGUGGUAUGGAAUUUGUUAUUGUUGUCAUGAGAAACUAUUUACAUAUAGAUAUACCUAUGUGAUGUAAUAUUGCAAUAAAAAAGUUUGUUUUGACUUAAUAAUCUUACGUUGAGUUUUGUGAAAGAAAACGGAAAUAUUCCCUCACGGAUUUUUUACUGUGGUCUAAAAUUUUCAUAAAACAAUAGUCAGAAAAUGUUGCUAGGAUUUCUGUAUUUUUUCCGCUUCAUAAAAGUAGCAGUUAUAACUGUAUGUCAAAGAAAUCCAUGUCAACCCUA